AUGCUCCCAAUUCAAGAGAUUAACGAUAACAACCCUACAGUUCGAGGGUUGUGCAAGUGGAUCAGAGAGAAUACGAAGAGAUCGUCCGACCAAUUGCCUCCAUGGUUACAAGGACGAUACCAUCUUGUUAUUUACGAGGACUUCGCCAAAGCCCCUUUGACAGAGACUCACAAGAUUUACAACUUUAUCGGGAUGCCACUCAAACCAGAACUUAAGAAGUUUGUCCACGGCAUGACUCAUUCAAACUCCAGCGACAAAUCUUUAUUUUCAACUUCAAAGGAUGCGCAAAAAACAGCCAAUAAGUGGAUGAAGUACUUGACAGUUAUGGAAGAGAGACAAAUCGUAAAGGAGUGUCUGGAUGUCCUGCAACUCCUGGGAUACCAACCGAAUUGCACCAGGAUACUUCCAGAGAGUUGA